UCCGUUUUGUUAUACUCCUUUGUCAUUUUCCCAUGGUGGUUUGGUUUUGUUCGGUUCAAUCACACGAUAGAGGCUUCUUGUUGGCUUCAAAAAGAAACUCUUUCCGAUCAAGAUGCGAACAAGAAGAAUGGCUGCUGCUGCUUUGAUUUUCAGCCCAACAACGACAGCAUGUAACUAUCCAAAAGGUAAUCCAUUUGUCCAUCAUCAUACCCUCUUGUUUCAUAAUACCAAUUUUUCAACAAACCCUAAUCCCCCUGAUGUCAUUGCUAUCACGAUCCGGCAGCAACUACAGAAGUUGUUGCUGGAGAAAUCUAAAACGGGUUUUCACAAGCUAGACCAUGCUCUUAGUUUGUUCCAUCGAAUGGCCCAAUUUCGAACUCUGCCUUCUGUGAUCGAUUUUAAUCAGCUGUUAACUGCUGUUGCCAAGAUGAAGGAAUAUUCAUCCGUCAUUUCUCUGUAUAAAGAAAUCCGCGAGUUGAGCAUUCCAAUUGAUGAAUAUACGCUGACUAUUUUGAUCAAUUGUUGUUGCCGCUUGAAUCGAGUGGAUUUUGGAUUUGCUAUCUUGGGUAUCUUCUAUAAGUGUGGUUAUACUCCAAAUGUGGCUACCUUCACCACUCUGAUAAAUGGGUAUGUUUUAAAAGGUAAGACUUCUCAGGCUGUGAAUUUGUUUGUAAGGUUGAUAAAAUAUGGAGACAUCGAACCAAUGAAAUCACCUCUGGGAGCCCACUGUGUGAUGUAUAACACAAUCAUCGACAGCCUUAGUAAGGAUGGGAACAUAGAUGAUGCUUUGUGGCUCUUAUCGGAGAUGAGAGGCUGUGAUAUUAUGCCUGACGUGGUGACCUACAGCUCUUUGGUUGAUGGCUUAUGCAAAUCAGGUCGAGGGAAGGAUGUCGCAAAAAUAUUGAGUGACAUGACAGAGCAAAACAUUUUCCCUGAUGUUAUAACCUUCAAUAUGUUGAUAGAUGCACUUUGCAAGGAGGGAAAGACCGAAGAAGCGGAGGGCAUACUCCAGAUCAUGAUUCGAAGAGGUGUGAAACCCAAUGUUGUCACUUAUAGUAUACAGAUGGACGGAUAUUGUUUGCAAGGCCACAUGAAGAAAGCAAAAGAAGUGUUCAACUCCCUCGUGGAUAGGGGCCUUAAGCCUGAUAUCCGUAGCUAUAAUAUCUUAAUCAAUGGUUUGUGCAAUAAGAUGAAUAUAGACGAAGCCAUGGAUCUCUUUAGAGAAAUGCCUCGUAAAGGGUUAAAAGCUGUAACUGAUACUUGCAACACUUUGUUAAAGGGGCUGUUACACGCAGGGAGAUGUGAUGCAACAGAUCAUAUAUUUCAUGAGAUUAUGUGUAGCGGUCAAAAUCCGGACAUUGUAACUUUCAGAAUCUUGUUAGACGGAUUCUUUAAGAACCAAAUGAUUGACAAGGCAGUAGAGGUGUUUCGUUCAACGCAAGAUCAAGGAAUAGUUCCUGAUAUCGUUAUUUAUCUUAUCAUCAUUAAUGGCAUGUGCAAAGCUGGAAAGAUUGAAGAUGCUCGAAAAGUUUUUAGUACCAUUUUAGCUAAAGGAUUGAAACCCAAUGUUAAGAUCUACAACACGAUGAUUAGUGGACUUUGCAAGGAGGCUCUACUAGAUGAAGCUGAGGAGUUACUCUUGCAAAUGGAGGGAGAUGGGUGCCCACCAAAUGAUGUGACUUACAAUAUUGUGGUCCAGGCAUUCCUGAAGAGCAGAGACAAACACAAGAUUAAGAUACUUCUGCAAGAAAUAAUCAACAGGAAAUUCUCGCCAGAUGAAUCUACCAUGUCCAUAAUAGUAGAUUCAUAUGGACAUGGUAGAUUCAUCUGGCGAGAAUAUCUGAAGGUUAUGUUUUCCAGUGUUACUCAAACUUUGGAUUGUGGUAAGAACAAGUUUGAUGUUCCUGCCAUCCCUCCUCAAGCUAAGAAUAGUGCAUACAGGAUCUUGUCAAUUAGUAGGAAGCAUUUCCUGUUGAAAUCUGAAGCUAACUUGCAUGGAGAUGGGAUCGAUGCAACCCGGAGUCGCAAAAAAGGACUUCCCAAAUCGUCAGAGAUGAGCUGA